AUCUGCAACCUCUUCAUAAAAGUAAAACCCUAAGUUUGAUUUCAGUUUCAGAAUCUGAUUAACGCCAUUGUUGCCUCUUUUUGAAGAUCAAGAGAAGAAUGAAGGUUGAUUGUUCUGAGGCAGAGCAGUGUGAUUACGUCUUUGUUACUCAAGAAUCCGAACCGAGCAGUGUGGUUGCCUCAUCCGUCACUUCAAUGCCGGAUGGUUCCCCACCAGUUGAACCUCUUGGACAUGGUUCUGCCGUUGCUAUUGUUUCCGCCUCAACAUCAUCUCCGGCUCAGUGUUUCUCACUAACUCCUCCUGUCACCACAUCGGUUUGUUCCGAACCAGCGCCACUUUUUGGCCUAUUCGGUGCAUCUUCAACUUCAUCUCAAGUACUUAACCGUUCUUCACCAUUCGUAUUCAAAUUCCCUCCUCCUUCACCAACUCCUUCUGCACCAGCGCAAGCUUCUGUCACACACGUUCCCGGCUCUGGUGCAUCUGCUGUCACCACACCAUCUAUAUUCAAGCCAAUGCAAGCUCCUGCUUUUGGUUCUAGUGCAUCAGCCACUUCCACUUCCUCAACCUCAUCUCCAUUUGCUGCUCCCUCUGCGUCAUUGGAACCUCCUGUCCAAGCUAGUGCAUCCAACACUUCCUCACUGUUUAGCUUCAGGCCGGCGCAAGGUUUUGGCAACACCUCUUUUGCUUCUCCUUUUGGUGGUAUCUCGCCGCCAGCAUCAAACACAGCAACUACUACAGUAAUCUUUGGUACAACUCCAGUGACUGUUUCUUCAACGUCUGGGCCAACGCAGAACUUUGCCAAGACAAGUUCUGUUUUCGCUCCAAGCAGCACCCCGAAUAAUCCAUUCAGCUUCCGUGCUGGACCAAACCCAACACCAACGACUGGCUUCGAUCCAUUUUCUACAUUCAGUAGCAUCGGACGAGGUACUAGGUAUUAUCGUUAUGAACCUACACCCGCUGAUGAACCUGGUCCUUGUAUAGGGAUGAUGAUGUCCAUAUCUGCUUCCAACUAUUAUCUGCGUAAAAGCCAUGAAGAAUUAAGGUGGGAAGAUUACCAAAGAGGAGACAAAGGUGAGGUUGGGUCGUUUCCUGCUGCUCACAUCUCUCCCACAUUCUCAAGGCCAAACGAUUUCUUUUCCCAACCAACCGUUACGGCGCCGUCGUUAUCUGCUCCUCCAAGAACACCAGAUCAUUCGCCGUCGUCGUUAUUUGCUCCUCCAAGAAGACCACAUUUUCCUGCUGCUCUUCAGAGACCCCAUGAUGGUGUUUCUUCCCAAGCAUCUGGAUGCACUGCGUGUGGAGCCACGAGUAGCUCCUUUGCUUUUGGUCCCACAAAUCCUCCAUCAGGAGCCACGAGUAGCUCCUUUUCUUUUGGUCCCAAAAAUCCUCCAUCAGCUGCCACAUCUCCUCUUCCCGGCUCGUGGUUUUCUACAUCUGGUUUUUAUCCAAAUCUUGCAGCUCAAGGUACAAGAACAACUCCAGCACUUCAACCCUAUCCUAUGAUGUUUGGUCCAGCAUAUCUUGCGGCUCAAGGUACAGCGACAACUCCAGCACUUCAAGUUUAUCCGAUGAUGUUUGCUGCAAGCCCUGCUGCUCAAGGUACAAAUCUUUCUGUUCAAAGUGCAACUCCAGCACUUCAAGCCUAUCCGAUGAUGCUUGGUGCAAGUCCAGCAGGUCAAGCCUAUCCUGUUGCUGGUUACGUUCUUCUCCCAUUCCCCACCAUGAGUCUGCAGUGAUUGCUUCUUCUCUCUGUGCAUCAAACUCUGUCUUUUAGAUUGUAAGGACUUAAGUCUUUGUUUUGCUUUAAGAGUCACAAACCAAAUGUCGUCAACUUUCAUUAUUUUGAAUUUAUCAACAAAAACAGAGAAGCUCUUUUCCUUUCUACAAUAGAUUCUCUGUGUCUCCUCUGUAUUAUUCAACAACAAAUAACACACGUAAAUGUGGGCAAGAAUUA